CGCGAGUCAUUCUAUUAUUCAGUGACCAUCUGCAAUAGCUGACGUUAUCUUGUUGGUGCUUAUUCUUAAGGUUUGUUUUCAGUUCUACACUGCUGCUGUCUGUAUUGCCUCUGGCCAAUCCAGAGAAUAAUUAUGGCUAAUCAAACAGUGUAGAGGCUUUUUGACAUGCUGAUGUGCCUCCCCACCAACUCUUAACGGUGUGUUAUCUCUGCUGCAAGUGGAAACAAGCUGAUUCGUAAAAUCUACCAUUGCGGUCGAGUGUCAGGCUUGAAUCGCAUGAAAGGUCAAAUGGCGGUGCACCUAAAAUGUUUUGCAUAGUGCUUUACCUUGCUGUAGUUACUGGUUAAGUCCAUACUGCUGUAUAACCACAACUCCUGAGCUUAUUGAAUGUAGAACUGCAAAGCUGCUUUUCUUGAUUUAUUUUAAAACACAUUUUGAAGACAUUUUUUAAGUUCAUGUAAUGUUUCUCCUUUCUUUUGCAGAUGUAAAUGGAGAAGCAGACGUGUCAAGAAGAGAAAUUGGAGAGCCACACAAUUUUAAAUUGGUUUGCACUAAAAUGCAUGCAGCAUCACUUCUCUCUAAAGUAAUCCAUUACUGACAAUUAAUGUCAAACUGCAUGCUGGAGCAGCUUAGUGCUGCCUCACCAGGCCAAACACUGCGAAUGGAAAGAAAGCUCCAUAAGAUCCAGCACACCAUAAUACACCUAAAUGCAGCAUAAUGCCUUCAAAAGUGUCAUGUUUGUACCUGCUGACGGUGGUCUGCUGGGCAAGUGCCCUCUGGUACUUGAGUGGAUCACGUCCAACGUCAUCUUAUGUCAGCCAGAUCUCUUUGCCUAUACGGAGAACUGUGAAACCCCCCAAAAACAUCACGUUCACAAACAUCCGCACCAGGCCGCUCAACCCGCAUGCCUUUAACUUCGUCAUCAAUGAGCCCAAGAAGUGUGAAAGCGUCACUCCAUUCUUAGUCAUCCUCAUCAGCACCACACACAAGGAGUUUGAUGCGCGGCAAGCCAUCCGCGAGACCUGGGGGGACGAGAGCACCUUUAGCGACAUCCGCAUCAUGACCAUCUUCCUGCUGGGCCGGAACACAGAUGGCGUUUUGAACCAGAUGGUGGAACAGGAGAGUCAGAUCUUCCAUGACAUCGUCGUGGAGGACUUUGUCGAUUCCUACCACAACCUCACCCUCAAGACCAUGAUGGGCAUGCGUUGGGUGGCGACUUUCUGCCCCAAAGCACAGUACAUCAUGAAGACGGACAGUGACAUCUUUGUCAACAUGGACAAUUUGAUCUACAAACUGCUCAAGCCCACCACCAAGCCCAGGAGGAGGUACUUCACUGGCUACGUGAUCCACGGUGGCCCCAUACGGGAUAUGCGCAGUAAGUGGUACAUGCCCAGAGACCUGUACCCCGACAGCAAGUACCCGCCGUUCUGCUCGGGCACCGGCUACGUGUUCUCAGCAGACGUAGCCGAGCUGAUCUACAAAACCUCACUGCACACAAGACUGUUGCACCUGGAGGACGUGUACGUGGGACUGUGCUUGCGGAAGCUGGGUAUACAUCCUUAUCAGAACAGUGGAUUUAAUCACUGGAAAAUGGCCUACAGCCUCUGCAGGUACCGGCGGGUUAUCACCGUGCACCAGAUCUCCCCGGAGGAGAUGCACCGUGUUUGGAAUGACAUGUCCAGUAAGAAACACCUGAGGUGUUAAAAGACACAAGGAUUUCUGAUUUUUUUUUUUUUUUUUUUUUAGUCAUUUCACCAGUCGUGCUGAA